AGAACUGGUGAAAAGUUCCAUGGGAGUGAGGCUGUCAUAUGGGCACCUGUGAAACAACAAAGCAGGAUAUCACCAUCUGAUGAAGCCAACCAGAAGAAUGGGAAUGAAUUUAGCAGCAACCCUUCAACAAAUAGUGGUCAUGAUGCACAGAAUGGUGUGAAAACCAAAAGGGCGGAGAUGGAAAGAUAUGUUCCUAAACCUGUCGCAAAAGAAUUGCCGUUCCAGAACUCCCAGCAGAAUUCUUCCACCACCAAUAUUGCAGCAUCGUCUGAUGUAACGGUGGGACCUGAUUUUGGUGGACCUGGAAUUGCUUCUGAGUAUGGGGAUGAUAACAGGCCCGAUAGACGUAGCAAAACACAUCCAUCUCGCCGACAGCAGCAUUCAGAUGGACUUGCACGGGCUUUGCGGAGCUCCUUCCAAGAAGGUUCUGUUUCUUCCUACCCUGCCAACCCCUCUGGUAAGCACUAUGAUCAGCAGCAUCAGUUGUCGAAGUUUGACAGCGGAUCUGAGGAGCAGUUUAAAUGUGAUGACCCGAUGGGUAAUUUUCAUAAUCCAGCAUCAAUUGAAGCACUUCCUGUUCCUGUUCUUAAAGAUCAUAGUGUCAUAAACAAGCAACGAUAUCAACGGUACAAACCUGCCGGAGGUUCUGGGCAUGCAGCUCCACUUAAUCAUAACAAAGUUCCUCAUAAUGGCUCACGAGAUAAGCGGGAUGAUCCAUCUUCAGACUUACAAUUGAAUGAGGUAUGUGCAACUGAUGCUUUAGGAAAUGCAAGCCCCCAUUUUGGCAGUGAGAAUAAGAAGUCCCAUUGGCAACCAAAAUCUCAACAUCAAAGCAACAAACAUGGCCAGAGGGGUACAGGAAAUCAGAGGACCGCACCUCAAAGUGGUCAAUUUGGCAAUGAGCUUCAUCCUCAAAGCAUUGGACACCAUCCUUCUCAUUUUGAGAGCCAUAAUCCAUGUACUGUCAAUGUUGAAACAGGCAAUGCUAUUAAGCAAGAAGCUAAGCAAGAGGUUAAGGCUAGUGGAGAGUUACCAAGGGAACAGAUCCAUCUGUCUAACUAUCCUACUAAUGUGGAACUGCCACCUCAGGUAGAUUCUCAGCAAGAGCAACCAGUUUCAACUACCUUUCGGAGGCAUGGAACAAAUAGUGGUCGUUUCAGCAGAGGACAAGAAUCAAUUCAUAGAGGCCGAGAUGUACAGCAAGAUGCAGGCAGGCAAAACUCUCACUUAAGCAGGGACAAGUUGAACAACUCACGGUUUGAAUAUCAUCAGACUGGAUAUCACAACAAGCCAAGAGAUUCAUCUCAGUAUGAUUCAGCUGGUCCAGAAACUCAAGAGGUUCCCAGGGCUCCUGGUCCGAGGCACAGAGGACGGGGUCAGAGUAACUCAAAACGUGGAGGUAACUUUUAUGGGCGGAAUAGUGGAGCUGCAGUUGGUGCUAGUCAUUACUAUAAUUCUGGAGAAUGACUCUGAAAGUUCUAAAUGGAGAACGUUUGCUUAGUAAGGCACCAAUGGUUUUGGUUUUAAAGAUUGCAUACUGGAAGCCUUUGGUGGUGCUUUGCUUGGAGCAGGGUGGGUUAUUUGAGAAGUAGGUAUUUAAUAUUUUGGCUUUUAUUUUUCAGAUAUAUUGGAUUUAAAUUGCUGGUUUCUUUGUGGUUUGAACACCAUGAAGAUGAUCAGUGAGAAUCAUAGCAAAUUGCUUCUUAUGCUAGUAGAUGUGCAUGCUGGUUUGGUUGGAUUCUCUGGUUGGCUUCAGAUCCUGUCUACUGAAUCCUUGCGCAGAGCUUAGUGUAAAAUUUGGUCCGCUGUGGAGAAGUUGAUUUUGCAGAUGAUAUGUUUGAGUUGGUUUUGAUCCACCCAAUGUUUUACUUAUGAACUCCUUUUAUUUGGACAAACUUGUAUAUAGUAAAAGAGGCCUAUCAUAGGCAAGACGUUUUUCUUUUA